AUGAACCUGCCGCUUUCCGCGGUCCAGGUCGUCGCGCAGCUCGGUGCCGGCUUCUUGACGAGCAAGAUUCCGGGCUCGAGGCUGCAUAUUGCUACGGCCGCUAUGGUUCCGCCGAUCAUUGGCACGCUGCUGAUCAACCAGCUCCACCUGGACAACAAAUGGGGUCGUCUCGCCGGCGUGUAG